GGUUUCUUAAUGUUUUAUUGCUAGCGUUGCUUCAUAUGUCAUCCAUCACAUUUCAAUAAAAUCAUUAUUUCAGUAAAAUGUCUGAUGAUUCUCAAACAAGUCCCAGUUUAUUAAAUUUACGUCAAUAUCGUUUUAAAAAGAAGCCGCCCAGGAUUUCGGAUUUGGAUUCAUCCAGUGAAAUUCAACAAAAUACAAUAUCAACGAGUUCGGACUUGGACAAUAAUGAUACACCAACGGAAGAUGACAAAAAAGAUGCAACAACCAACCAACCAACUGUUAAACAAGAACCUGAUGUUAAAAGUAAAGAAAAACAUCUUCGAAUUUUGGUGUCUGAAUUCCCACAUAUUGAUACAAUGACAUUGCAAGAUACACUUUUAAAAGCUAAUUGGGAUUCUGAAGCGGCAAAACCCAUGCUUGCUAAUUAUGUACCACCACCAAAACAUUCCUAUAGAAAAUCUAAUUAUUUUCAGAACAGGACCAUAGAGAGUGAAAAUGGCCAUCAGAAUAAUCAUUCAGUAUCAAGUUUAAAAAGAGAACCUCCAUCAAAUAAUGGACCAAAGAGGAAACGAUUAAGAAGGACCGUUGAUAGUGAUGACAGUGAAGAUGAAGCAAGACAUGAAUCAGAAAAGGUUUAUGAUAGCGAUGAAGAUUCAGAUGUAGAAGUUAGCGAUAAUCUCACAGGUGACAGGAAAAAAGUAUUUGACUUCUUAAACACAGCAAAUGCUAAUGAGCUCCGCUUGAUGGCCAGUUGUUCUCAGAAGAGAGUUGAUAAUAUUUUAUCAGAAAGACCGUUUAAAGGAUGGCUGGAUAUGGUCAACAAAUUCCAAGAGAAUAAGUAUUUAACAACAGAUAUUUUGAAUUCUGCUCAACACUUAAUUUCAAGUCGCAAUAAUUUGCAAAGAUUAAUGUCAAAAUGCAGUGCUAUUUCGCGAAAUCUUGAAAUUGCUGUGGCCAAUGGUGCUGGUGUAAAACAACAACCAGAAAUUUUAAACUCAAGUAUGAAAUUGGCUGGUUACCAACUUGUUGGAUUAAAUUGGUUAGUUGCAAUGCAUCAACAAAAUAUGAAUGGAAUUCUGGCUGACGAAAUGGGUUUAGGAAAAACUGUACAGGUGAUAGCAUUCUUAGGUUAUUUGAAGGAAAGGUGUCUAUCAACCGGAACACAUCUAGUAGUUGUUCCUGCUUCAACGUUAGAUAAUUGGAGUAAUGAGUUUGAAAGGUGGUGUCCUAUGUUAAAUGUUGUUAUGUAUUAUGGAAGUCCUGAUGAAAGACGUAUGUUACGAAUAAACUGGGUCAAAGGAGGUUUGAGUGAAGUUGAUGUUAUUUUGACCACAUACACAAUGGUUAGCAGUAGUCCUGAGGAGCGGAAAAUGUUUCGUGUUACACAAAUGCAUUAUGUUAUAUUUGAUGAAGCACACAUGUUGAAAAACAUGAAUACACAGAGAUAUGACAAUUUGAUUAAAAUAAAAGCUUCAAGACGAAUAUUGCUAACUGGGACACCUUUGCAGAAUAAUUUGUUAGAGUUAAUGUCACUUUUAUGUUUUGUUAUGCCUUCUUUAUUUGAUUGCCAAAGGGAGGAUUUGAAAAGUUUAUUCCAGAAAAAUUCAAAAACUAACUCAACAGUGAAGAAAGGUGAAGAUGAUGAUGAUUUGCCACUUUUUGAACAAACACAAAUAACACAAGCUAAAAAGAUUAUGAAGCCGUUUGUUCUGAGAAGACUAAAAAGAGAUGUUCUUAAAGAUUUGCCUAAAAAAACUGAUUACACUGAACAAGUUCCAAUGACACCUUCUCAAAAACUUCAAUAUGAGCAAUUAAUUCAAACCUUUUCCUCAGAAACCGGAGAAAUACAUGCAAAUAAAGAAAGUAGUGGAAUGACUAUGAUGAUGGAAAUGCGCAAAUUGAGUAAUCAUCCAAUGCUUUUGCGAUACUAUUAUGAUGACAAUAAAUUGCAAACAAUUGCAAAAAGACUUGUUGCUGAUUCUUUCUAUAAGGGUGAUAACUAUGAUUAUGUUUAUGAAGAUCUACUGUUUAUGUCUGAUUUUCAGAUACAUCAAUUAACUAUGCAAUAUAAGAGUAUAUGUGGUAUGAAUGCUCCAGACGAUUUGAUUGUGAGUUCCGGAAAGUUUGCAUAUCUUGAUAAAAUGUUAGAAAAAUUGAAAAGUGAAGGACACAGAGUACUAAUAUUUAGUCAAUUUGUACUAAUGUUAGAUGUACUUGAGUCUUAUCUAAAAAUACGUGGUUAUAGUUAUUUAAGAUUGGAUGGCAGCACUAUGGUCACCGAGAGACAAGAAUUAAUUGACAGAUUUAAUGAAGAUGAAGAAAUUUUUAUAUUUUUAUUAUCUACAAGAGCAGGCGGGCUAGGUAUUAAUUUAACUGCAGCUGAUACUGUGAUUAUACAUGAUAUUGACUUUAAUCCAUACAAUGAUAAACAAGCCGAAGACAGAUGCCACAGAAUGGGCCAAAAGCGGCCAGUAACUAUUUAUAGAUUAAUUAGUAAAGGAACUAUUGAAGAGGGUAUGCUUCAAGUUGCUAGAGAAAAACUCAAUUUGGAGAGAGAAGUGACCACCAACACGGAGAAUGAUCCUCAAGAAGUAAAAAAUGUUGUGCGAUUACUCACACUAGCGCUGGGCGUCGAUUCAAAUAAAGCUGCCAAUCUUUUAACUCCAUCGCCGAGAAAAUCGGAAUCCUAAUUGCAAAAGCCGACUACUAUUUAGCACACAUUAUGAAUUUUGAUCUUUUAAGUUUAUUAGUUAAUUGAUGAUUAUUUAAAAAUAUAGGUAUUUUUAUAUAAUUUAUGAAUUUACUGCAGCGCACAAUAAAAUACCGUUUUACUACUC